CGAAAAACAUUCAGUAGCAAAUAUGAACGACAACGCUGAACUUUAUUCGGAUUACGGUGAUUUACAAAGACGUGACYRCGAUUACAUUUUGAAAAAGUAUUCAAAUUACAUAAAAGUUCCAAAAAAUGCAAGUGCAUUAGACAUUGGGAUGGCCGAUGGCACCCUUACUUCAAAAAUCUUGUUACCAAAACUGCCUGAUGAUUUGGAAAAAUUAAUAGGAUUUGAUAUUUCCGAAAACAUGGUAAAUUACGCCAGGAAAAAAUGCUUGGAUCAACCAAAACUUGAUUUUGUUCAAAUGGAUAUCACUUCUGAAAAAAUUCCCUCGCAAUUUUACCAAUAUUUCGACAAUAUUUUUUCGUUUUAUUGUUUCAAUUGGGUCCCGGAGGACAGAUUCCCGCAAACUAUGAAAAAUAUCUACAACUUGUUGAAACCUGGAGGCCAAAUUUUCAUUACUAUUGUUGCAAAUAGUCCUCUUUUUGAUUUUCUUAAGCAAACUUCUUUGAACGAAAAGUGGGCCCCAAUUAUGUCCAAUGUUGAUAAUUACUUGUCAAUUUUCCACAAUAUAAAGAAUCCUGAAGCUAAAUUAGAAAAACUAGUGACAGAUGCUGGUUUUGUGAGUCAAUUGUGCACAAUUGAGAAUUUGAGUUAUGUUUAUCCAAAUUUCACGUAUUGGUGGGAUUGGGCAAUGUCGAUCAAUCCAUUUAUCAAAGAACUGGCCAAAAAUGACGCUGAUUUAUAUAAGCAAGACUACAUGAAAGAAGUGAAAAAACACAAAUCAAUUUCGAUUCAAGAUGAAAAAAUUACUAUUGUGUACACAGCUCUUGUUGUUUGUGCUUCAAAACCAUAAUUUCAUAAAUAAACGAUUUAUUAUGUAA